UUUAAUCCUAAUUUGAAUCCUGAGCCAUUUAUAACACUUACAAUUUGUUGUUGUAUUAAAUGGUUCAUUUUCUCCACUUGACCACUCGAUUGGGGGUGGUAUGGAGUGUGGAGUUCCCAAUUAUCCCCAAAUGUCUACUAAUUUGCUGUACUAUUUUUGAGAUAAAGUGUGGCCCUCUAUCUGAGGACAUGGUGGCUGGAACUCCAAAAUGUGGUAUUAUUUCCUGUAACAACACCUUGGUUACCUCUCGGGCUUUGGCAGUCCUGGUGGGGAAGGCCUCUGGCCAUCCUGAAAAAGUAUGUUAAUACUAGUAAAUAUCGAUACCUCCCCUUCUCUUGGGAGUUCUUGUGGGGUUACUCUGGGUCGUGCCUGCGUGCACGAGGGGAAGGGUCUGGGGUGCCUGCGAGCACAGUGGGAGGGGUCCUGGGUUCCUGGGUGGGAUGCUUUUGCGCUAUAUAAGAUACUGUCACGUAGCAAUAAAUUGGGCUUACGGCACAGAACGCUGGUCGUUGUGUCCGUUUGUCCCAGGGCCUUUCAAUCGGGUUAUCCGACAUUUGGUGACCCCGACGUGAUACGAUUCUCAACGUGAAACCGGUUGGCGCGAGUUAGGCGUGGCGCGAGUUAGGCAUGGUGCAUGCGUGCUAGGUACACGGGUGGCCAUGGGACCUGGAGUUGAUGAGGUGGUGAGUACUGUUAAAUCCUUGGCCAAGGAAGUAGGGCUAACACUACGAAAGAAGGACGUACAGUCCCUCUUGCUCUGGGUGACACACCGGAAUCUGGCAGAGUCUCCUGUCCAUUGCUUGAGACAGACCGUUUUAGAACGGGACAGGAUUUAUUUGAUAGCGCCUGCAUCGGGAACAAAGAGGCGCUGACUUUAUUUCUGACGUUUGGGUCGGUGCGAGCGGUUUUGGAAAAGGUAGCCAACGAGGCAUGCCUGUGGGCUACUGUGCGCCGCAUGCUUUUGUUGGAUGGGGACAGUGAGGAUAAGCUGGCCCCUAUGGAGCUUCCGGUAAAAAACAAUCUAGAGGAGGGGACAGGGCAGGCGAAGGAGGAGGCUCAAUCGGGAGAUGAAAAUAAUGUGGAGCAGGAGAAAGAAGAAGGUGGGAACCCCCUUGUGGCCCCCCUGCGAGUUCGGCUAGAUCAUGAAAAAAUAGCAGUGCCUAGUGCUCCCCCGGCAGACAGAAACGCGGUACAUACUUCAUCAGACGGGUCCUUUUGCAUACCUCUGCAUCCUGAUGACACCAAGCGUUUUGCUCUAACCAUUCCAUCGUUGAACAAUACGCAGCCAGCAGCCCGGUACGAGUGGGUUGUCCUCCCUCAAGGUAUGAAAUAUUCCCCUACGAUUUGUCAGAUGUAUGUGGCCAAAGCCCUUGAGGUGGUUCGUCAGCAGCACCCCACUAUCUUGGUUGUCCAUUAUAUGGAUGACCUGUUGCUUGCUGCCCCCGUACUGCCUCUGUGUCUGUAUGAUCAAAUAGAGGCCACUUUAUUGGGAUUUGGUUUGACCAUCGGGAAAGAUAAAACUCAGCUAGUGUCUCCAUACAAAUAUCUGGGGACUCAGCUUACAGAACGCCUUGUGCGACCUCAAAAAUUGUUAGUCACAGAGAAUUCGGUUACUAACUUGCAUCAGUUACAAGUGUUGGUUGGCGCCCUGCAGUGGCUCCGUCAAUUUGUUCCGCUGCCCCCUGACGAGAUACAAUUAUUUACUGAUCAGUUACGGGGCGACACUGACCUGACAGCCCCACACCAGCUGUCUUCCCAACAUCAGCACAUAUUAGAGCGCUUUAUGCAACGUCUCCAAAAGCAAGGCUUAUGGCGUCACGAUGCCGCGCAACCCUUACUUGCACACAUCCUUUUGCAGGUACAGGGAGCUAUUAUUAUUCUACAUCAGGGCCAGCUGCAGCGCCCACUGCUUUUUGGCUACGUGUCUGUGCCCCGCAUUGCGUUUCCACAAUGGGAUGAACUCCUUGCCCUCGCUAUAGAGUGGGCUCGAACAAAGCGACUCCUGCUUGUCUUUGCCUUGUGCCCUGAAGUGUAUGGGGGCUACUGGCAGGAGUAUGCUGUGGGCUACCGGACCGCUCCGCUGUUUCCAACGCCAUACGCUUACAACCUACGGUCUGCUGAGCCAGUACCCAACGGGACACUUCGUGGGCUGUUCCCACCUGUUACUUGCCGGGGAAGGAAGCUGACUACCAUCCGUAUCAAUGCCACCGUGCAGACAGGUAUCAAUCUGACACAUGAAACACUCUUGUCAUCGGACAGCACCACGCAUGCGACGGAGGACGGAAAAGAAACCGUUCUGCCGGUGGCGCAAUUGUGCGGCUCCAUUGACAUUUGGGACAAUGGGACAAUAGCGGAUGUGACCGUUCCGCCGUGGACAGUUAAGACCAUGGUGCGCAAUCAGUCGGUGGCCUGGUUGUGGGUGGGGCCACCGGGCCAAGCUCCUGCACCAGUGGACUUUUUCCCUGGGGAUGUUUGGACUGUAAAUAGCCAUGCGACGGCCCCUUAUCAAUCGGUCCGCGUCGUACAAGUUUCGAACUCUGCUCAUUGGCGUUUACCUAACCCCUAUUGGUUGCUCCGUUCUCAGAAACGUACUUGGAAGGUGAUCCCAGCUAACAGGACACUUGGUUUGUGCUCUAUGGGUCUGCUAUUGUGGCCGCAUCGCACUGCUCGCAGCCCUCGAGCAACCCGAAGAGUCUGUAAAAUUCCGGUGUUGUUAAAAAUGAGAGAUAAAAGGUCCGCUCAGUACACACAGCAAGCAAGGAGCAAUCAAGAGGAAAAUUUAAUGAUAGGGUUAAUUAGAGAUUUCGCAAAAAUGCAGAAUGUGAGUCAAGUGACCGCUUGUUUACCUAUACCUAAAUCCGCAGGUGGUCCUAUACCCUGGGGCAUAAUCACAUCAUCGAUACCCCAGAUUGAGAAAAACAAAACAGUCCAAUGUGAAUCGGAAACAAUCAUAGAGACAGAAAUGCUGGGAGGGUUUUAUAGAGAGUGUCAGAUUCGCCUUUAUCCUUGGUGUAAAAAGGAAAGAAAUUACAUAUUUACGGACCUAGACAACGAGGAUGGACGACUAGGGAUGUGUGAGUAUGAUGCACCACACACACGACAAAAGGAAAAGGUUAUAUGGAAGUGCAAAGAAGCUAAUAAGAUAGGUGGAUUAGAGGGUUGGGAGUCAGCAUGGGCAUUAAGUAUACUGCAGAAAUACCAAUAUGGGGGGAAUACUCCUUGGUGUUUGCAAUGGGUAGGAAGGACGAAUAGUGACCAGAGUUUACUAUAUGAGAUGGCUCAGAGGGAAACUAGUAGUCGGGAGAGGGUAAAGGCAGUCCCGUGGUGGAAUUGUACACAAAUAUUCAAUUGUGACACUGCUUUAGAAACAAUAUCUCUGCUCCCGGUAAAGAUAGCCUUAGACACCGGAUGUGCAUGCAGAGGUCUACAAGUUAACAUGAGUAUCACCAAUCUGAAUAUAGCCAGCCAGACUGGUAGGGAAAAGAUCUUAGUGAAUUGUAAAUCUUCAACUAUACGAAGCAUGGGACAUUUUGUGUGGGCCGCCAGUGAUGGAACUUGGACAACUCAUUUAAGUUUGGAUGGCCCAGUAAAAGAAAUAACUUUAGGAUUGCCCACUCUUUGCCCACUUUGGAAGAAAUCCUCUCUCAUAAGGAGAAGGACAAAAAGAGAAGUAAGUGAAGAAAAUGAUGAGUGGCAGGAACCGUCCACUGGGAUUAGAUUUGGAUGGAUGGCAGAAUCGUUGUUUGCCCCGAUAGCUUCCUACCACAACAGAGAGCUGAUUUACAAUUUGAUGGGGCAAGUACAUAGAUUGGCCAGCAUUACCAGAAAGGGGUUUAAGGACUUGAAUAUACAGUUACAAGCCACAACAGGAAUGACCCUGCAGAAUAGGUUGGCCCUGGAUAUGCUUUUGUUAAAAGAACAUGGUGUCUGUGGAUACCUGAAAGAAAAGGCUGACCAUUGCUGUAUACACAUUCCGAAUGUAACUGCCGAUAUAGAACGUGACAUAUCCCAAAUAGCCCAGGUAGAAUCCAAAAUAAAAGAAGAGCAGCGUGACGCAGAACAGAAUUGGCUGGGGGCAACUCUCGAGGGGCUAGGCCUUCAUCUAGAAGGAUGGCUUAAAUCGCUUUUGCAAACAAUAUUGCUACUAGUAAUAGUAUUCAUUGUGAUAGGGCUAGUAUAUUCAUGUAUAAAAGCAAAAAUAGCUAGAAGUAGUAUCACAGCAUGCUGACCAUUCUCGCCAAAAAUCAUGAGGAGUUCCCAUUAUCACCACUUGCUCCUGGGAUGGACACUCGUCCCUAAGCAGUUAUGAUUAAAUCACGCUUAGCGUAACGGGUUAAAGGGGGUACGUUACUGCAUAAAGAGGGGGGAGAUGUGGGGUUACUCUGGGUCGUGCCUGCGUGCACAAGGGGAAGGGUCUGGGGUGCCUGCGAGCACAGUGGGAGGGGUCCUGGGUUCCUGGGUGGGACGCUUUUGCGCUAUAUAAGAUACUGUCACGUAGCAAUAAAUUGGGCUUACGGCACAGAA